AUCAGCGUCUUGUGAAACUAAGCAGAAGAACUCUUAACAAUGAAAGGUUUGUACGCUGUAGCUGUUACGUGCUUCGUGGUGUUUUCUGUGCAAACAGUCAGGAGCCACCCUCAUAAUUCACCAAGAGCUGACCUACCAAUUUGCCCAGAGGACGAAAAUAAUGAAAUAAUACUAUUCCCUAAACCAGAAAACUGCAGCGAAUUUUACCAGUGUGCUAAUGGAUAUCUCUACACGCAGCAUUGCAAUAAAAAUCUCUACUACUGUGCGGAGAAGGAAUACUGUGAUUACAUUGACAAUUGUGACUACAGCGGAUGCAAGCUGAAUCCUGAUAACAAAAUUCUGCACAAGCCACUUAUCGGCGAUAAUAUUUAUAUUCCAGCCGCAGUACCACAAUGUCCUGAACAGGUUGAUGGGAAUUUGACUCUGUUGGCAAAUCCUGACAAUUGUAGUUCGUAUUAUGAAUGUGACAAUGGAGAAGCUGUCCUAAUGGACUGCCCGCCUACAACGUAUUUCUGCAGCGAAAAGGAUAUCUGCACUUGGAUCUGGGAGCCAGAAUGCAUAUUUAAUUGUCAGAUCUUGAACAAAAAGACCUCAUUCGUUGACGACCAUAAUAUUGAAGUAUCGCGCACUAAAGAAAUGCAAUUUAAAAUUAGAAACAAGAAAUCUUUCGAUUCUACAAAUUACAUAACUGAAACAGUGUGGUCACAACUGCUCAACAUUCUAGGUCCACAAACACUGGCUUUGAUGCUCGUGUUGCUAAUACCAGAAUUUGGGACAGCUUCCGAGCUGUCGCCUGCAGUGGCCUGCCCGUUGUCGAGAACUUCUUUGGUAUCGCAUCAGUUCGAAUGCAGCUUCUCUUUCCAAUGCAACCAGAAUGACACGGUACCAGCUCUACUUCUGCGGUGCCCUAACGAAAUGCACUUCAAUGCAACUUCACCAACAGGGUGUGAACGUCCUGAAGAAGCUCUUUGCACUCCGUUUAUAACAACAACAAGGCUGCCAACAUCUGAUAAUCCCCCAGCCUGUCCAUCUGAGAGUGCCCUCAACUACGUAUAUCUGCUUCGGAAUCCAAAAAACUGUUCGCAGUUCUUUAGAUGCUACCAAGGUGAAGCCCAGCUUUUCGAAUGCCCUUCAAACUGGUAUUUUGAUCCGGUUUAUGAGGUUUGCAAACAAUCGAGGGAACCAGAAUGUCCUGCUUCAAGCGAUAAGUUAAUUCUCCUGCCACACCCAACAAAAUGUAACGUCUUUUAUAAAUGCAACUGGGGAACUCCAGUGCCGUUAUACUGUCCAGAUGGUUUGUUCUUCAAUAAUAUAAAUAAAGUGUGCGAUCUGCAACAAAACGUUGACUGUAAUCGUUGCCAUAUAUAAAAACAGCGGGUAGAUGUAGCCGAUCUGGACUGAUGCUUCUUAAACUGGAAUUUUAUUUAAAGGGGCCCAAAAUAAAUUACAAAAUGCACUGGCAACAGCAACUGACCAGUGGGAAAGUACUCCCACCAAAAAGGUUCUUAAAACUUUAAAUACGCGGGUUUCAAACAGAUUAUGAUGAAAAGUAAACAAGAUUUUAGACCUCUGUUUUCAAUAAUACUUUUAAUUUAUAAUAACAUGACUCAAAUAAAUAUAAAAAAUAGAUGAACAUAAUAGCUGUUUGUGAAAAUUACACGAACUUCAGAAACAUUUUAAAAUAAUUUAAAUUUUCAAUUCUAAAUUCAGCCAAGUACCAGGCCAGAAGUGAAGCCUCAACUGAGAUUCGAGAUUAUGAUAGCGUGCAGGCCCGGCAAAUCACACAAGUCGGAAGGGGGGGGGGGCAGUAACGUACGAAUAUGUGUCGUCAGAUACGUAAGUACGGUUUUAUUUCAGCAUUAGUAAUGGUUUCGCAUUCCUAGUUAAAUGAACAGCUGCAUUACACACGUAUCAUACCUGCAUAUUACGAACGAGAAACUUGGUUAAUGUUUAUAUGCACCUUUCGUACGAAUAAAUAGAAAAUAUCCGUGUUUACAACAAAUAACACAUGAUUUCACAACACUUCUGAACACCAAAUAAUUAAUUACGUAAAAUAAUUUUAAAUUUACUUUAAAUAUAAAAUUCUGACUGGUAAUAAAUGUAUCAAAUGAGUGUUAACAUAACAUAGUAGUCGUAUCAUUUAUAUAUUUAACAUACUUAAAAUAAAACUUAAAAUACAUCAAACCUAUUAA